CACACAGUGUCCCACCCACAGCCACACACAGUGACAUCCAUCCAUCCUCAUACAGUGUCUCACCCACAGCCACACAGAGUGACAUCCAUCCAUCCUCAUACAGUGUCCCGCCCACAGCCACACACAGUGACAUCCAUCCAUCCUCAUACAGUGUCCCACCCGCAGCCACACAGAGUGACAUACAUUCAUCACAAGACAGUGCCUCACAUUCACAACCUUCAACCUCAAGUGGUGCCCUUCCCUCAGAACUACAUGAUGAGGAUACAGUACCAUACCUAGAUGAGUCAGUAUUGGAGGCUAUAUACGAGGAUUGGAUUGAAAUAAGAACAAUAGUCGAGAAAGCAAAGUACUCUGAAGACCACACAUCCAUGACAAAACAAGUCAACACCUUUUUAGAUAAAAUGAAAGAUGAGGACAAAUUUGAAGAAUACAUAUCUAAAGAAAUUCGCCAUCAGUCUCACCUCAUAAAAUCCUUACAAAAAGACACAAUAGUGAGCAAAGACAAGAAAAAUGUAUACAAACAAUUAAUGAAAUACCAUACAUCAGAAGACUACAAAAGAAACAUAAUAUUGUUGUUGGGGAGAGAACCCAUGGAUGCUGAAAUGAAUGGCUUGCAUCGGGUUAAUGAAGAAAUUCGAGAAAGCCUUAUUCACAAGCUUGCAGGAGAUGUUGUGCUUGAACAACCUAAUUUUAAAGUUCAAAGAAGUACCACAGUUUCACAACAGUGUACCUCUUCCCGAGGUAAAGUGCGGUAUGUUGGCAGCUACGUGCUUGCCAAAAUAAAGUAUCAGCAUCAAAGAAAUGCAGACAACCUACUCGGCAAGUAUGGGAAAAGGGACAUGAAAAGACGGCAUGUUGAGAAUGCAUCAGUCCAGAUUGUGAAUGAACUGUGCAGGACAGAAACCCAAAUAAUUUCAGAGACUGAAGAUGCAGAUAGUAUUGCACUAACAAUAGGCAAGCAAUAUGCGCAAGGCAAACUUAACCACAUUUCAGACAAAACUUCUAAAUUUUUUACUCUAUUAACCGAAGAAACACUUUCCAAGCAAAAAGAAAUUCCUAUACAAACAAACAUUGGUAAUACAAUAGCCAACUCACUGAUCCAAAAUGACCAACUUAAAGUAACAUAUGAAGAAGGAUUUGAUUCACAAUAUCCUUCUGAGUUACCAAAUGACUGUGAUAGAAUCCAAAUUCAAAAUGACUUGUAUGUAGAAAUCAUAAAUCUUUUUGUUCGAGUGCUCACAAAACAAUUAAGGAAAGACUUCAUAAAUUUUCAUGAAACCAAAAAAACACAGGCACACAGAAAAAAAGUCUUGCAGAAAAAAGCUAAAAAUUCUGAAAUUUCAUGGACUACAAUAUCUAAUGAUCAGAGUGUGUCAAAAUGUAAUUCACACAAUGAAUUAAAACGCCACAUAAGUGAGUAUGGAACCAUUCCAAGUAAGUUCACAAAAUUAGAAGCUACUCAUCUUGCAAAAAUGUAUAACAUCCCCCUCAAAUCAAACCUGAAGAAGUCAAUAAUUGUGGACAAACUACUGAAAGAAAUUCCUUCAAGACAAGGUAUGUCAAAUGCGAACUAUGCUGGACCAAGUAGGGACCAACUACCACGCCCAAAAGUUCGCUACCAAUGCCCAGAGUGCCUGCUAAGUGUCACAUCAGAGCAAGAAGGAAUUCAGUGUGACCGCUGCAAUAAGUGGGUUCAUAAAGAAUGCUCACAAAUUGACAAUGAACAUGACUGGGAUGAGAUAUCUAAACCAGGAAUUGAAUUUAUAUGCCAUUUUUGCUAAUAGAAACAUGAAGUACACUGUUACCAUAGGAAUGUGCAAAGACUACUUGCAAUACAAAUAAUAUAAGAUGAGCAUUAACUUCAAAAGUAAUGGAGACAUUUACUUGAAACUUAAUGAGUGAUCACAUGUAGACAGUAGUCUAUUGGGGAG